AUGAAAUGUUGUACCAUUUUACUACUACUACCAUACAUAGUGUAUGCUGAUUACACUGCGGCUGUAAAUCAAUUCAAAAGUUUGGUUACGGAUGACUUGACAGAUAAUUUCAUUUCAUCAGCUGUCAACACAACAUAUGUUGGAGUACAAAAAGGAUGGACUUACAAAAAAGUUUCUAGUGGUAAGUUUUAAAAUUUUAAAGUAAAGUACAUACCAAUGUUACAAAUAACAACAAAUUUCAGAAGUCUAUAACAGUGUAGAAAACCAGCUAAGCGACCAGUCUGCCUUCUACAGUGCUGCCAUCUCUUUCUACAGCGAUGUCAGUGACCUCGACACUUUUAUGGAUGAAGCUUUGGCUGGACUAAAACCUAUUCUCAGCAAACUUUACUUCAAACUUCUGAAGAAGAAACCAUCUUCUGAAACCGCAUAUGCUAAACAAGUUAAAAAACUUAUGACAAAAAAAGUGAUCAAAAAGUGUUUCGCUGGUGUCAAGGGAAAGGUCAAGUCAAGCGAUUGGAACUACAUGGUUGAAGACUUUUACAACCUUAUCAAGUUUAGUCAGUAUGGCAUUUCUAAAAAUUGA